UCCAAAUACACCCUCAGCAUCCGGACACACUAGCUCCUCUCUGCAGGUCAGAGAAGAGCCGAGUUACAGAGAGACGAAAGACGCUUCUUACGAGUUUGAAAGAGGAGUUUGGCAGAAAGACGAUAGACGAACUGAAACCUGUGAUUUCACUGUGAUCUUCCAAUUGUCUUCAAGACCUGAGUACCUGCUCAGAUUUGGCUAUGAAGGAACCGACGGGCUCAUUUCUCCCUCUGGUCUGGAGAUAAGUGCUGCAGUCAUGACUGUCAGUCUCCUGCUGCUGCUGAUGACCCUGCUGAAUUUCACAAAUGAUGUUUGGACGCUACCGGCUCCUGGCAGUGUUUUCAUGGAGUCUGUCGACAUGAGACACAUGCUGAGGUGGCCCCCCCUGCAGGCUUCAUGCAACACUACACUUCUGUACUCUGUCCAGUAUCAGGGAGAGUUUGAGCUGGAGCAUCAGAACGGCAGGUGGAUGGAGGCUCCGGGGUGCCAGCGGAUCACGCUCAGUCACUGUGACCUGACCUCUGACCUGGGAUCAGACUCUGACUACAACAUCCGGGUCAGAGCGCAUUGCGGCUCGCAGCGCUCCGCCUGGACCAAACUCAGCCCUCCCUUCAAUAGGAGACAAACCAAGCUGUCGGUACCAAAGAUGACAGUGACGUCAGCAGGCGACGCCCUCCAGGUGUCGUUUGAGACUCUUCCUCUGACGUCAACCGUCGAUGUGACCGUUUGGAAAAAAGGCGAAAAGCUGCAGGCUGUCGUGUACUCGAUGCCUGCUGAGGAAGAGGUGCUGCACAUCGCCGCCCUGCAGGAGGGAGCAGUGUACUGCGUCACAGCGCAGACUGUGCUGAACUCAGGGUUUCGCAGCAACAGCACUGACACCCAGUGUGUGUCCAUCAUAGAUCCAGAUGCUCCUGCCUGGAAGACGCCGACCACCCUGACGGUGACGGUCAUCAUCACGGCGGGACUCCUGUUUGUUUUAUUCUGGUCCAUCGUUCACUGUCGUCCAGAAACCUGUAAAACACAUUUCCAUAAAGAGCCUCUGCCACAGUCUCUGAGAGGUAAUUGGGACAUUCAAAUCCCAAUGAGCCCUCAGGAGAAGGAGCUUUGUGACCAGAUGGUGAUGGAGCCAAAUCAAGCCUCAUCACAGACUGAUGCUGCACUGAUAACCCACCAGGAAGACUAAACCAAGCUGAAACUCACUGAGAAUCUACAGCAGGACAACAAUGAAGUAACGUCGUGCUACAGUCCUGCAAUAUAGCUGUUGGAGGGUCACACGGAGCAGCACGCAACAUUUGAAUGGUCCAUUUAUGACCCACUGAUCAGAGUUGGAGGUGGAACAAGAAGCCCCUGUGAGCCCCGACAAAGCUGACAAGUGUUUACAUUCCCUGUUGACUUCUCUUCAGAAGAAAAAACUGGGUAUUUGUGUGACUUUUAAAGCGCUACGGAGCCCACAGAAGGAGGUCAGGAUUUAUUCAAGAUUCAAGCAGAUCCACAGUGGUAGUAAACAAAGAUGUAGGGGG